AUGUCGAAACCUAGACCUCUCCUCCUCGCCACUGCUGUCUCGACGCUCUGCAUACUGGCGUCGACGGCGGCCGGCGACGGUGGGAAGCCGUUGGUCACGGCCAUCACCAAGGAUGCGGCCACCUUCCUCUACAGCGCCCCCGUCAUAAGGAACGGACAGCCGAGCCACCAGCUCGUCCUCGACCUCUCCGGCCCGAUCAUCUGGUCCACCUGCGCAACUGACCACCGCACGCUGGAGUGCAACAGCGUCGCCUGCAUGCGCGCGCACCGCUUCCACCCGCCCGGCUGCCCGCACACCGGCUACGGCAAGCCCGACGACGACAACCCCUACCGCUGCAAGUGCACGGCGCACCCGCACAACCCCGUCUGCGGCGCCACCGUCUCGGGGGACGUGACGCGCACCGCGCUCUCCGCCAACGCCACCGACGGCAGGAACCCGCUGCGCCCGGUGUCGUUCGUCGCCGUCACGUCCUGCGCGGCGGAAUCCCUCCUCGCGAAGUUGCCGGCGGGCGCGGUCGGCGUCGCCGGGCUGGCGCGCUCCGGCCUGUCAUUCCCGGCGCAGGUCGCCGGCACGCAGAAGGUGGCGAAAACGUUCGCGCUCUGCCUCCCGAGAUCCGGCACCGGCGUGGCCAUCUUCGGCGGGGGCCCGCUCUUCCUCAUCCCGGCGGACCGGCCGGCCAUCACGGAUAUGCUGGCCGGCGUCACGCCGCUCCGCGCGUACAGGGGGUCACCCGGCUACUUCAUCUCGGCCAACAAGGGCAUCGCUGUGAACCAGGCGAAGGUUCCCCUCCCCGACCACGCGUCGCUCACCAUUGGGUUCUCCUCCACGAUCCGGUACACGGAGCUCCGCCGCGACGUGUACCGUCCGUUCAUCAAGGCGUUCGACCAGGCCAUGGGCCAAAGCGCCAGGGUCACCCCGCCAGCUGCGGCGGCGUCGUUCGAGCUGUGCUACGACUCGUCCAAGCUUUCGUCGACGCGGCUCGGCUACUUCGUGCCGCAGGUCGACCUGAUGCUGGACGGCGGGAAGAACUGGACGGUGUUCGGCGGCAACUCCAUGGCGCAGGUGGACCGCCACACGGCGUGCUUCGCGUUCGUGGAGAUGAAGGAGGGCAAGACGGGGUACGGUGGCCGCGCGGCGCCGCCGGUGGUGAUCGGAGGGUUCCAGAUGGAGGACAACUUGGUGGUGUUCGACGAGGAGAAGCAGCAGCUCGGCUUCAGCGGAUUGCUCACUGGCAGGGGGUUCUCGUGCAGUAACUUCAAUUUCACCAUGCCUGCCUAG